UUUUGAAAUUGGGCCGCCCUGGGCUUCCUUGCUGGUGCCCACGCUGAGGCCCGCUGCGGGGUUCGCCAAGGCCCCCCCUGAAGUGGGCAUUUAGGCCUUGCGGGUGCCCGGCGGUGACGGCACCAUGUCCACCCCUCCGUUGGCGUCGGGGAUGGCGCCCGGGCCUUUCGCCGGGCCCCAGGCUCAGCAGGCCGCCCGGGAGGUCAACACAGCAUCGCUGUGCCGCAUUGGCCAGGAGACGGUCCAGGACAUCGUGUACCGCACCAUGGAGAUCUUCCAGCUCCUGAGGAACAUGCAGCUGCCAAAUGGUGUCACUUACCAUACUGGGACAUAUCAAGACCGGUUAACUAAGCUACAAGAUCAUCUUCGCCAACUCUCUAUUCUCUUUAGGAAACUGAGAUUGGUGUAUGACAAAUGCAAUGAGAACUGCGGCGGGAUGGAUCCCAUUCCGGUAGAGCAACUUAUUCCAUACGUUGAAGAAGAUGGCUCAAAGAAUGAUGACCGGAUUGGCCCACCUCGUUUUGCAAGUGAAGAGAGGAGGGAAAUUGCUGAAGUAAAUAAGAAACUCAAACAGAAGAAUCAACAGCUGAAGCAAAUUAUGGAUCAAUUACGAAAUCUCAUCUGGGAUAUAAAUGCCAUGUUGGCAAUGAGGAACUAAACUGAUAUAUAAAUUUCGUGCUUUACACGUUAACACCAGUUUUCCCCUCAAGUAUGUUCUUUUCUCUGUAAACGAUUGUCUGUUUUUUAGUCAGUGGAAUUAAAGUUCCUAUUUUUACAUUUUGUUUUAAAGUAUUUAUUAGCAAGUUUUUCCCCCAACUGUUCUGUGAAAGAUUAUUGUAAUAGACUUUGAAUGGGGAGUUAGUUAUUCUUCAUGAAUUGACUCUAAAAAGCAAAAUUAAGUUUUGUAAAUAAAUUUUUCAAUUUGCUAAGUACUGGUUUUGUUUAUUGCCGUUUCAGAAGAAAAUGAAAGAUUUAAAUAUUUUUGUGAGUGAAAAGUUAGAGGUAGGUUAACAAUUUCAUUUGAACUUUUUAAACUCUGUCCCAAGCAAGUUAAAAUGAGAAUUUAAUUUUUAAA